AUGGAUCUUUACAGAGCUGAAAGAGCUAUCACUGAAGAACGUUUAAAUUCUUUUACUAAAUUGAGCUUAAAUUGGUAUCUACGUCCAGUGUCCGUCCAAGGCGUCAUGGAGCACGCCCUACAGCAUCGCGAGCGCGUGGGCGUCCAGGACUUCGUUCUGCUCGAAGACUUCCGCUCUGAAGCUGCCUUUAUCGAUAACUUGAAGAAACGGUUUCGCGAGAAUAUUAUUUAUACAUACAUCGGCAAUGUAUUGGUGUCCGUGAACCCGUACAAGAAUUUACCGAUCUAUACUGAGGAGAAGACCAAACUGUACUUCAAGAAGGCUUUCUUUGAGGCUCCACCACACGUGUUUGCUAUCGCAGAUAACGCUUAUAGAUCUCUGGUGUACGAACACAGAGAGCAAUGUAUCUUGAUCUCAGGUGAAUCUGGAUCUGGCAAGACUGAAGCCUCCAAAAAGCUUCUAGAAUACAUCGCAGCUCGUACAAACCACUUACUCGACGUAGAAACAGUCAAAGAUAAGCUUCUUCAAAGUAAUCCCUUACUCGAAGCCUUUGGCAAUGCCAAGACUCACAGAAAUGACAACUCCAGUAGAUUUGGCAAGUACAUGGACAUUCAGUUUAACUACGAAGGUGCGCCUGAAGGAGGCCAUAUUCUGAACUAUUUGUUAGAAAAAUCGAGGGUGGUCAGUCAAAUGUCUGGUGAGAGGAACUUCCAUAUCUUCUACCAGUUGCUAUCUGGUGGUGACCAGGAGUUGCUAAAGCGUUUGAGGCUGCAAGGAAGACCAGAAGUCUACAAAUAUACAACAGAUUCGGUAACGCCAAUUAGCCAAAAGUCGAGCGACGCAGACCAAUUUCGAACAGUCAGAGAAGCGAUGAAGGUGAUCGAAAUAGCUGACGAGGAACAGAACGAAAUGUUCGAGAUAGUGGCCAGCAUACUACAUCUCGGUAACGUGAAGUUCGUUCAGAACGACAAGGGCUACUCCGAGAUACUUAACCAUGAUGCCAACAGUGAAAACGUUGCUGAGCUUCUAAAAGUCAACACCAGUCAACUUCGCCAAGCACUCACAAGCCGUACUAUCGACGCUCGUGGUGACGUGGUCAGUACACCACUAGACCUGGAACAAGCGCAGUACGCCCGCGAUGCACUCGCCAAGGCGAUAUAUGAUAAACAUUUCAGUUGGCUCGUCUCCAGAGUCAACACGUCGUUGGCCGCUAAGGACGAUGAUCCGAGGUCGUCCGUUAUUGGAAUUCUUGAUAUAUAUGGAUUUGAGAUUUUCCCCAAGAAUAGUUUCGAACAGUUCUGCAUCAAUUUCUGCAAUGAGAAACUACAGCAGCUGUUCAUUCAGUUGACUCUGAAGUCUGAACAAGAAGAAUACUUGCGCGAGGGCAUCGAAUGGGAACCUGUGGAGUACUUCAAUAAUAUCAUCAUUUGCGACCUCAUCGAGGAGAGGCAUAGAGGUAUUAUAUCAGUCUUGGACGACGAAUGUCUCCGUCCAGGAGACGCCACAGACCUCAGUUUCCUCGAGAAACUGACGCAACGGUUAGAUGGCCACGCGCACUACAAGUCACACCAGAAGGUCGACUCCAGGACACAAAAGCUGAUGGGAAGAGACGAGUUCUGUCUAGUCCACUACGCGGGAGAGGUGACAUACAAUGUGAACACCUUCAUAGAGAAGAAUAACGACUUGCUGUUCAGAGACCUCCAGAGCGUCAUGGCGUCCAGUGGAAAUAAGAUCGCUGCUUCCUGCUUCAAGGACAUAAACCUGUCAAGCAAGAAACGGCCAGAGACAGCGAUCACUCAAUUCAAGAACUCCUUGAAUGAGCUCAUCAAGAUUUUGAGUAGCAAGGAGCCAUCUUACAUCCGAUGCAUUAAGCCUAAUGACUUCAAAACUCCGAUGCACUUCGAAGACGCGCUGGUGUCGCACCAGGUGAAGUACCUCGGCCUCAUGGAGAACCUGCGCGUGCGCCGCGCUGGCUUCGCCUACCGCCGCACCUACGAGGCCUUCCUCGAGCGGUACAAGUGCCUUAGCCAAGAGACCUGGCCAAACUACCGCGGUCCGGCCAGAGACGGCGUCCAGAAACUUGUAGAAGCGCUGAAGUACGAAAAGGAAGAAUACAGAAUGGGCAAUACGAAGAUUUUCAUCCGCUUCCCGAAGACACUCUUUGACACUGAAGACGCAUAUCAGUUUAAGAAGAACGACAUCGCCACCAUAAUUCAAAGUCGCUGGCGAGGCUACUACCAGCGGAAGCAGUACCUCAAGAUGAAGGAAGCUGCCAUCACUAUAGAGAAGUGGGUUAGAAGAUUCUUGGCUCAGAAGCUUAAGGAGAGGAGAAAGAAAGCGGCCAGCGUUAUCAGAGCCUUUAUUAAAGGCUUCAUCACCCGCAACGGUCCAGAAACACCAGAGAACCGUCGCUUCCUGAGCAUCGCGAAGGUUCACUGGCUGAAGCGCUUAUCGACUCGGUUACCUACUCACCUUCUGGACAUGUCAUGGCCACCGUGUCCCGCUACUUGCCAGGAGGCCUCACGUGAAUUGCAACGCCUACAUCGCCUGCAUCUAGCGCGUCGGUACCGUCUGGCCCUCUCGCCAGAAAACAAGAAGCAGUUCGAGCUGAAGGUUCUGGCUGAAAAGAUGUUUAAGGGCAAGAAGAACAGCUACCCCGCCAGCGUCCGCGAGAGGUUCGUGGCCGACCGGCUGUCGGACGAGCAGCGCGUGCUGCGGAACACGUUCAUGGCCUCCCCCGCCUGGCCCGCCGGGGAGAAGCUCAUCUACUCGUGCGCGGCGGUGAAGUACGACCGGCGCGGCUACAAGCCCCGCGCGCGCGCGCUGCUGGCCUCGGACGCGGCGCUGUACGUGCUGGACGCCGCGUCGCGCAAGACCUUCAAGCUCAAGCACCGCCUGCCGCUCGACAAGCUGCACGUCGUCGUCACCAAUGAGAACGACGAGCUCGUGCUUAUCAAGAUACCGCAGGACCUUAAGAAGGACAAGGGUGAUCUUAUAAUAUCCGUUUCCCACGUUAUUGAGGCUCUCACUAUUGUCACCGACUACACUAAAAAGCCCGAACUGAUCGAAAUUGUCGACACGAGGACCAUCGCACACAACCUCGUGAACGGCAAACAAGGCGGCACCAUCGAGGUGACCAACGGCCCGCAGCCCGCCAUACAACGCGCCAAGAGCGGCAACCUGCUUGUGGUCGCCACACCCUAAAGUGCCAGUAUUAAAAAUAAAUCUGUAUUCAAUUUAUAGUCACCAAUUUUUAUUGCAGUCAAUUUGAAAUAAAAAAUUUCUUAAUUACUAGUAA